AUGUCAUCAUCUAUUCACACUGUCGAGGACCUUUCCGUGCAAUUCCUGUCAACUGCGCUCAGCAGGGACGUUGCUAAAUUCUCUUCUGAACGUAUCGGAACGGGCCAAGUUGGCGAGUGUCAUCGUAUCAAUUUAGAAUAUGCCGAGGGCGAGACUGGACCUUCCAGUGCGGUUAUCAAGCUCGCAGCUUCAGGGACUCUCAGUCGCCAGUCGGGAUGGAAGCUGGGAAUAUACGAGCGCGAAUCCCGCUUCUAUUCUGAUAUAGCUCCGACACUGAAGGAUUGCUCUUCGAUUGUCAAGUGCUAUAGCACCGUUGCAGACCGAGACAGUGAUUUAUUUCAUAUUCUCCUUGAGGAUAUCUCGCCAGCCACAGUGGGGAAUGAUAUUGUGGGUGCUUCCCUAGAGGAGGCCCGUCUUGCAGUGAAGGCAUUGGGAUCUCUACAGGGGGUGUCGCUCAAGACAGUCCCUCCUGAAUGGCUGGAUGUAGGCGUCAAAGCUUCACAGACGCAAUUGCAGGCUUUCUGGAAAGGCUUUCUGGGGCGUUAUCAGGACAGGGUCAAGCCAGAACAUCGCGGGAUGGUUGAGCGAUGGCUGGGUUGUUUCGGCAAGUAUGCUGAAAUACUGAUGGACUCUAAAUCACAGAAAUGCCUUGUACACGGGGACUAUCGGCUUGAUAAUAUGUUGUUUCGCCAUGAAGGCGGGCAGCCUGUUUCGUUAUCUGUGGUUGACUGGCAGAUGGUCAACUAUGGCCCUGUUUUCCAGGACAUCGCAUUUUUCCUCGGAGUUUCAGUUCCCACAGAGACUCGGAGAGCCCACGAGAGCGAGCUGAUACAGCUGUACUACGAUGCCCUCGGACCUAGCCCAUCAUUCUCACUGGAGGAGUGUAUUGAGGGCGUCCGCAAACAGAGCUUCCUUGGUCUCCCCAUGGCAUUUGCCUCGCCCAUGCUCCUCGAACAGACAGACCGCGGAGACGACAUGUUCCUGACCAUGCUUGACCGACUAGCCACGUAUAUCAUCGACACAAACGCAGUCGAGACACUGCCCCCACCUGGUCUUCCCAAACCGCUCGCUGUCGAUGCCAACGACGAGGGCGCCCACCCUGCUAGCAAAGACCCGCUUCACAACGAGAGUUGGUAUUUCGAUGUAGCAGACGUCGAACAAGGAAUCGGCGUCUGGAUACGACUAGGCGUAACCCCAAAUCAGCCAGGAUCCUGGUACAACGCACUGAUUUCUGGACCUGGGCGACCAACCGUUGCAGUCGUCGACUUCGAAGCGCCGACCCCAGGAGCAGACCUGGUAAUCAACAGUCACCGCAUAAAAGCGACUCACUCCCCAGAUGAUCCCUUGAAGGAAUACCGACUGACUCUCAUCGGCCGGGGUGAGUCCUUCGAUGACCCUGCUGCCCUCCUCCAGCGUGAGAAAGGAACACCUGUCGCUGUGCAUAUAGAUCUGACUUGGCAUACAUCUGGAACACCAUACCAAUGGCGCAUUGCAACAAGAUAUGAGAUCCCUUGCACAGUCACCGGGAAAAUCCUCGUCGAUAAAGCUGUUACAACCCUCGCCCAUGCCCCCGGACAGCGAGACCACUCCUGGGGCGUCCGCGACUGGUGGUCCUUCGACUGGGUGUGGAGCGCAUUCCAUCUUGAAGACGGCACGCAUUUCCACGGAGUUCAGGUCCGACUGCCUACUGGGUCCGUUCCGAUUGGAUAUAUACAGAGUCCGAGUAUUCCUAUCGCGGAACUUCGUGGUGUGGACGUCAUGGAGCAGGUUUCUCCGGAUGGACUUCCGCAGACUGCGUUGAUUAAGUAUUCGUCUGAUGGAUUGGAUGAUGUCGUCCUUCAUAUUCAGCCCCGUGGGCAGGCUCCUGUUCGUCUUACAGCGCCGGAUGGCCGUGUAUCUCUCUUCCCUCGUCUUUGGGGGGAGGUUCGUGCUCAGGAUGGACGUAAAGGAGUUGGUUGGAUUGAGUGGAACUUUUGCCACUGA